AUGUUCGACGAACAAACUGCUGCUGCUAUUAUCAAUCCGUCAGUAAGCGCUGCAGCUGCUGCACUUACAAUCGCUAUGCUAAACUCAAAUGCGGGUGCAGGAGGAACAAACGUAUCUACGGGUUCUGUUCCGGCAGUAAUGCCUCAAUUAUCUUUACAACUAAACCAAAGUCAACAACAACUAACACAACUUUUGACUGGUAAGGACUCACGUUGGUUGCAGCUCGAAAUUUGUAGAGAAUAUCAACGAGGGCAAUGCGUUCGUUCAGAACAAGAUUGUAAAUAUGCUCAUCCACCAUCGAAUGUUGAAAUACAGAAUGGACGUGUGACGGCUUGUUUUGAUUCCAUAAAGGGGCGUUGUUCUCGCGAAAAUCCCAAAUGCAAAUAUCUUCAUCCACCUCAACAUUUGAAAGAUCAAUUACUUGCGAAUGGAAAACAAAAUCUCGUGAUGAAAAAUCUAUUAUCACAGCAAUAUUCAAAUCAGAUGCCGGCAAUGCCUGCUCUUGCACAGAUUACGCAACAGCAGUAUAGCAACCCGUUAGCGUUGCAAUCGACUCUUUCAUUACCAUAUUUUAUUCCAAGUCUGUAUCCGGGUCAGGCAAACUUGUUGUCGCCGGUGCCUGAUCCAUUUUCUGCAGCAUUUCAAGGCACGGUAUGUCAUUUAAAAAUUUUUUAUUAUCUGUCAUAUUUAAUAUUAAUUGAAAUAUGUACCUAUGUAUUUUUUAGGGGGUUGAUACUUCCCAGAAAGCCUGAAACUUUGAAAAACUUUCCGCUAUUAGUCACGUUUUUUUGUUUAUUAAUCUAUUUCAGACGGAAAAUUUAA